UUGCGACGGUUUUCGCGUACUCGUCACAUGUGUUUUGAAAACGCGACCUGCACUGUAGUGUGGAUGUUAUAGCCUCUAUUGAAGUGAUUUUAGUAACGUUUGAACAAUUAUGUCGUUUGUGGAGGACGCAGUAUUAGACAGUGGAGUGGACUCGCGCUCGCGGUUGGAAACCUAUGUGUUCAGUUGUGAGUUGUCUUCUGAAGUUCCAUUUUACACAUUUCAAGCAGAUGAAGAUGACGAUGUGGAACAUUUUCUCGAGCUUCGAAUGAUUUGUCUGGGUGACGGUGCCAAAGAGGAGAAUAAUGUUGUGGAAGUGACCGCUAUGAAUCACCAAGGAAAGAAAAUAUCAGUGCCUGUAGCUAAUCUCAACAUUUCCUGCCUGCCUAUGGUAAGCCUCGGGGAGUUUGAGUUGAUGGCUCCUGUCACACUACGCCUUAAAUCUGGAACUGGACCAGUGACCGUCAGUGGGUUACAUUUAGUUGCCACAGAGAAUGAAGGGUCUGAAUUAUCAGAUGAAGAUGAUGACGAGGAUGAUGUCAGUGAGGAGGAAAUGCCUUCAGUCAAACCAGCCAAGAAAAAGCAGAAAGCUUAAUUAGAGAUGCUUACACCAGACCUUUAUAUGUUUUAUACAGUAUUACUAGACUUAAUGUUCUACUACGAGACGUGACGGAGUUGUGUAGAAUUUAAUGGAAUUUUGUACUUGCAGAUGUGGUUGCAAAUGUUAAAUAGAAAGGUUAAAGCCUCCAUACAACCAGCUCCAUGAACAUUCAUGUUGAAAAUGUUUUAAUAGUUAAUACUGUUUCUUGUGUAUGUAAGUAACUGCCAACACCAAACUUCAGAUUCACUCUCAGUUCAGGAACUGAGAAUUCACACAGUCCUGUUCCCACUGAGCCACUUCAUGCUGGGUUGAUUCCAGAUGUACAAUCCUUGUAACAUACUGUAAAAUUAUAUUGAGUGACAGGGUUUUUAUAUCCUAGUCCCUUUUUUAAGGACUGAUAGAGUGAAGUUUUGCAUGGUGCAUUUUAUGUCGAGAUCAGUCUAGAAGGACUUGCCAUGGUUGCCGUUUUUGUAUUUUUACAGAUUUAUUUACAGAUUCUGUAAAUAAAAUUUGUUGUUUUAGUAG